UACAGAAAACCUGUAUUUAAAAGUAUUCCAAGCACAUCUACAAUUGGAACUGCAUUAGAAAUGCAUACAUAUUCUUUUAAUGUAAUUAAGACUUUGGUUUUAUGAAACAACCUCAGAGAGUUAUAAUUCCUUUUUAUGUCUUCUCUUCCAGAAUGGCUCUUGCAAAAUUGCUAAAUUCACAUCCAGAGACUCCCUAUCGUCACCUCCCCCCCUUACAUGUUUCUAUUUUGAAACUUAAAGAAAGGCCCAAGGUAUUGUCCUGGACUUUUACGGAGAACACAGCCAUACCAGCUUCAGUAAAAGAAAAUAAAAUUGCAGCACUAACAGAUGGUGAGCUGGUAACUACAGUUACCCUAUUUGAGGAGUUUGCUGGAAAGGUAAAGGAAGGCUCCUCCUAUAUAAUUAGAGGGCAUGAGCUGAGGGGUCAGGGCCCACCCUUCUAUAUUAAUAUAACAAGUAGGACCCAGUUCUUUCGUGGCCCAGCUCUAAGAAUUGAGGAACACCUUCUUGCAAAAGCUGAGGCACUGCUGGAGCCUCCAUCACCGCUUACACCGCUGGACGCCAGUCUUGGAACCAAAAGCCUAAUGACAGUGGAGGGUGAAGUGGUUGAGGUAUCUGCAAUCAAGAAGGUGGGAUCGAGGAAGGAGCAGAUACCUUUAAAGACCAUCAAACUCAAACAGGACCAGCAUAUCAUACCGUUAUCCCUGUGGCGGGAAGCUGCAACUGUGGCUCUGGCUGUGGGAGAUACCAUCUCUCUCAGCCAUGUAAAGGCUUCGAAGAGUAGUUAUGGUAACCAACUACAAACAACGACAUUCUCCAUGAUCAAGGCCAAAGAGGAAGUACGAACUUCCUCGUGCAUCAUUGGAGUCAUGGAAGGGGAAGAAGGGGAGAAUCUUCUCCGUGUUUUGUUUGAGGAUGGGCAAACCGCUCUCAUCUCACAAGAAAUGUGGGCUCCCUUUGAUGAACCUCUUAAAUUGGACAAAAUCCAGGUCAACGUUAAGUUGUCUGGGAACAAAAUAGUCCAUAUCAGACAGAUGUAA